CUAUCUUUGUCAGCCUGGACCCUGCCAAGGGCUUCCCCAAGUGCCCUGGCAUCGAGUAGAAGAGAGGGAUGAGGGAGAGAAAUUGAGGGUGUUGUGUUUCUGGAGUGUCUGUGGUGCUACUCUCAGAUGAACAGAUGAGCAGUGAGGGCAGGGAGUGAGAGAAAGAGAGAUGGAGGGAGGGAAGGAGUGAAGGAGGGAGAGGAGGGGUUCAGUGCUGGGAUUGUCACGGGAAGGGAAGGAACUGCUCCUUCAGAGUGUGUGAGGUGUGAGGGGCACUUGUACUAAGGAACAUAGGAGAAGGACAUACUGUAUAAACCUACAAUAUGAGCAGAACCACCUUCUUUGAGGUGGAGGUUCUGGAUGGCAGGACCAGGCAACAGCUUUGUUUUCUAGAUAAGGUGGAGCCCCAUGCUACAAUAGGAGAAAUCAAGAGUCUUUUUCACAAGUCAUAUCAACAGUUGUAUCCAGCCAGACAGGACCUCAAGCUCGACCCCAAAGGAAAAUCACUGAGGGAUGACGAUGUAUUACAAAACCUACCAGUUGGGACCACAGCAACCAUAUAUUUUAAGGACCUGGGCCCACAGGUUGGGUGGACAAUGGUGUUUUUAGCGGAGUACCUUGGUCCUCUGUUUAUCUACCUCCUGUUCUAUUUCCGAGCUCCGUACAUCUACUCACACCAGGAUGUGUUCACCUCCAGCCCCUACUCAGUGGUCACACUAGCCUGUGCCUGUCACACCUGCCACUACAUCAAGAGGUUGAUUGAGGCUAUCUUUGUGCACCGGUUCUCCCAUGGUACCAUGCCUCUCAGGACUAUAGUCAGGAACUGUGUAUAUUACUGGGCCUUCUCAGCAUGGUUGGCCUUCUACAUCAACCAUCCACUGUAUACACCACCAUCGUAUGGGGAUAUGCAAGUGAACUAUGCACUGGCCAUAUUUGUGCUCUGUGAGUUAGGGAAUUUCUCCAUUCACGUGGCCCUGAAUAACCUCAAGGCAGAAGGUGGGCCCAAGUGCAGAAGGUUCCCUCACCCGACGAAAAACCCAUUCACAUGGCUGUUCUUCUUCGUGUCCUGCCCCAAUUAUACCUACGAGGUAGGAGCCUGGGCGAGUUUCUCUGUCAUGACCCAGUGUCUACCAGUGGCCUUGUUCACCUUCUUAGCUUUCAUCCAGAUGACCAUCUGGGCCAAAGGGAAGCAUAAAACCUACUCCAGGGAGUUUAAGGACUACCCUCACCUGCGCAUGCCAAUCAUCCCGCUCCUCCUCUGACCACGCUACAAAGGUUUACCAUUCGGACUGGAGCAUUGGGGUCUUCAGCCUGCUUGAAAGGUUGUGAUCAUUAGUGGGUUACUGUGUUUCUCACAAAGCAAGAAGACCCACUGCUCCUUCAUCUAUCGCCAUGGCAAUGGUCUGUUAUCUUUUCAACAACCACUAUGCAAGGUUAGACUAUGCCAUUGUCUUAGAAAGAGGAGGAAACCAACCGGGUUAAAGAUUCAUAGACAUGGAGUAUUGUUGACGUGUGGAUGAACUUUUAAUGAAUAUAUAAUAGUGAAUUGACAGAAAGGAAUGUCUCAUCUCAACAAUACUGUUGAUGAACUGCUAAUGAUCAUUUCUGCAUUGAUAAUGUUUAGUUCAAUCAUUGAAACACAGCCUUAUUAAGGAGUCAUUGGUAUUAGUCCUGUUACUGAUCAUGUACAGUGCAGCUACUGAAUGUUCCGACAAUUGUUGGCAUUCUUAGUCUACAGAGUGGCAAUCAUCUGAAAACUAUGAAGUUAUGAAUACAUGAUUGAAGUUCUAUAUAAUCUACCAUGUUAUUUAGUAAUAAGUUAUUGUCAUUCCCUAGAGGAAAUGUGUGUGUGUGUGUAACUUGAUAUGAUAUACCUGCUAAGGAAGUCUUUAUAAUGACUGAAGUGUAACGGGGCUAUUUUCAGUAGGGAAAGCUGAGUUCUAGAACCAGGAGAUGGAACACAGAAUUAGGAGAUGUCUAAGUUUGCAAGCUGAUUAUUUCCCCCUCUACAAUGAAGCUGUAGAUGUUUGAAUGUAACGAACAACCUGAUGCUUUUACCUUUGUCAGACAGUUGAGGAUAAUUCAGUAAUGUAUUACUUUAUAUAUCGUUCAAGAUAACUACAAUCUGUCAAAUUCUCAGGUGUUACUAGAUGCAACAGGUACCUGUUUAUAUACUGUACAAAUGAUAGCCAAACUCGUUUUGUAUACAAAGUGUAAAUAUCAAAUAAAUAAUUUCGAUAAUUUCAAAGAUAA